AUGGAGUCAACCCGACUGGCUCGAGCCUGCAAUAUACAGCACAGCACUCCAGCCACCAACCACAACCACCACACCUUCAACUCAAAAAACAAAGAGAACACAACCACUCGACACACAGCCAACGCGACACCCACCACCAAACAAAUCGAGCUGGAAGAACACCCUGGUCAAUUGGAAAGCCCGCCUAACUCAGAUCUCAUGACUCGCAGCAGCCGGAUACGUAAACCAUCCCAGAAGGCCAGGGAGAUAGCGGAAGCGGCCCUCCUACUCUCAUCCAAGACAACACCCUCCUCAUCUGGCGAUCAGUCCAAGAACUCAUCCAAGUCAGCUCGUCGAUCAAACCAAUCGUCGGCCAGGAAUCAGUCAUCAUCCGUCAGGGCGAAGGUCAAGAUCGGACGGAAGAAGGGACGGGCGACGAUCAACUCGAACGGAGACGUGGAGGUCGAGGAAGAGGCUGCAAAACAUUCAAACGAUACCGAAACCGAGGAGAAUCCAGAUAAACUCUAUUGUAUCUGUCUCGGCCACGAUGAUCAUACACCCAUGAUUCAAUGCGAGGGCUGUGACAAUUGGUUUCACUUCUCUUGCAUCAACUUGGAUGCCACAGAGGCCCAAGAGAUCGAAGCAUUUUAUUGCCAGGUUUGUAACGCAACCGGAGAUGGGAUCACUCGUAAAAUCGGCGAAGAAGAUCCGACCGCACCGCCUGAGCAACCUUCCAGCAUCCCCCUGACAUCCAACACUUCUAAUCAGACUUCGGAAAACCUUCCUGAUGCGACCGACAAGUGUGAAGACAACACUCCGGGGGACUGUAGUGUUGAGAAGGUCCCUCGUCUUGCAAGCCCUGAUCCUGAUCCAGAACCUGCCGGACUUGAACCAGAAGAAACUCCCCCCGUACCUGCCUCAGGCGAAGUCGUCGAGAAGAUCCUUUGCGAUUCCAACAACGACAGUCAACCUGCCGAUCCGAUUCGACCAUCGGUUGGUAGCACCACACAGCCCUCACAGUCUACUAAAACAACUCGUCGAAAACAGAGACUCGCUGAAGGUUUGAGCAGCGGAGGAGAAACUUCUGAUGAAGAUUUCACGGGCGAAGAGUCUCUACGCAAGGUUGACAGGAAGCGCAAGACUCCUACCAGCAUAGAUUCUCGUCCUUUGACCCAACCUCGAAUCUCAACUGGUACCCCCUCCAGCACGACCCCCUCGACACCAACCACACCUGUGUCGGGUGUUGAAAAAACCCGAAAGGCAUGCACCGAGCAAUUUUACAAACUAUUCGAGCCUGUCUUCUCCAAAAACGUGAAGCAGGACGAGGACGCUGCAAUGCGAUUUUCCGAAGCCGUCGAAUCGGAACUGUACGAAAGUUUCGGCGAGCUUGAUGCCAGAAACCAAAAAGCGCCUCGACGGCAGUACAUGACCAAACUGAGGUCUUUGCUGUUCAAUCUUAAAAACAAUCCCACUUUUCUCAACAGCUUGAGCUCCUUGGAGCUCUCCCCCAAGUUGAUUGUUUUCAUGUCCAACGAGGACUUACAAACUCCGGAGCAAAAAGCGUUAGCUGAGCAGGUUCGUCAACGCUCCUUGCACGACAGUGUCAAAACUCUGGAGCCCAUCCUUGAACCUAUCACCUCACCGGCCCAGACAGAUGAGCCUUUCAUCGGGAGCUUUCCCCCGCCAAAAGCUGCUGAAACUCGUUUAGCUGUAGAUCAGCCUGCCACCCCCAUAGAUCAUAAACCUAUCGAGUUGGAUCAAAGCCAGCAGAAUCCUCCGAGUUCGUCAGUCCCUCCACCCGCUCAGGUGCCUAUUUCUCAACCUCAGGAUCAACCCCCGCAAGCAGAGCCAGAGCCACCCGUCGUCAGCCAGCCAGGAGCGAAUGCAGAUCUAGACAGACCAGUUGAGGAAUCCCAAUCGUCACCCUCUGCUCCCUCUCAGCCGGAGAAGUCCGCGACAAAAUGCUUGACUCCCAACUUGCUCAGCUCAUUCGACUUGGAGAAAGUAUUCGCAGCGAUCAGAUCUGUACCGCCUCCCCAAACUGCUUCGGGCACUCAAAGCACAGCAAAGUCGCAAACGGCUGAAGGUGAGGUCCAAAAAGAAGCCAAGGACGGUGACUCGGAUGAUGGUAUGGACCUGGAAAAUACUCCAGAACGCGAGUUGCCGGUUGGAGAUGGUUCAGGAACGGUCAAAGCCGACGCUGAGGAGAAAAACUUGCCGGAUGAUUAUGAUCCGUUUGUUGUAGCCAAUGGAGUCGAUGCAGAUUUAGAGGCGAUUCUCCAUGGCGAUCAAGCAUCAGGAUCUCAGAUUCGACCGAACGGAGGGCCCCCACCGAUCAAGGAACCCGAAACCCAGCCAGCUGGUUCUGCUCAGACCCAGCCAAGUGUCUGGACGGGUAAUGUGAUGACUGUAGACGCUGGUGGAUUUGCAGCUUGUGCUAUCCAGGUUGGCGGACGACCGCUAAGUCCGGAUGGAGUCACAUGGAGUAAAUUAAUACCAACUGACACGAUGGCUGUCGUUGGUAGACUGCCAGUAAAAGACUCCACGAACUAUCUUGUACAAAGCCACUUUGCGCCUUCUCGAGAAGUAGUCCUGUUGGAAUUGAAGCCCAAUCUGAAUGGACCGCCUGAGCUCCCCAAUCCGGAACGGGUCCUUCAACACCAGCAAAACUUGAUAGAGUUCUUUACGAAAAAGGGCAGGCAUGCGGUUGUAGCGGUCAAUGACAAGGUGAAGCAAGCCGUACGGGAUAUCUAUCUAGUGCCCGUCUUGAGGCAAGACCCUCUACCUGAAUUUGUCCAGCUCCUAGACGACGUGAGUAUUCCCGAGUCUACACCCAGAGCUCGGGAUAUGAUGCUUGCAGUGAUGGUCUUGUCCAAAGGUGCAAUCCCUUCUGUCUGGAAGCCGCCAUCUAACAUUGUGGAUCCCUCGACGAGCUCUGUGUCCGCACCAACUCCUCAGGCUCAGAUCGCUCCGCCGCCAACCAGUUCGACGCAAAACAUGGUCGGAGCAGCGCAGCUGUUGUCUUCGGCACCCAAUCAUGGCCGGUCGCCUAUACCAGUCACUUCAUCAUAUUCUUUACCCGCUCGGCAAAAUCCCACUUCCUCUGCGCCGAUCGAUCCGAUUCCCCUACUCCAAUCACUUAGCUCUAAGAUAUCAUCAGUCUCAUCCCAGCUCGCAUUCCCGUUGCUCUCGCAAUUGCCUCCGGCUGCCCCGACAAAUGCUGGGCCACCACCGGGCUUUGUGCCUUAUGUUCAACCUCAACAACCCUCAUUACCAUCUGUUCCGUCAUCAUCAUCUGUCCCUUCGCUCAAUGGUCUCGACUUAUCGAAGGUGGACGUGAGUGCACUCCAGGCGCUCCUCUCGCAGCAACAAGCGUUCAAGCCAAUCGUCAACCACACCCAGCAGCCGGCCCCGAUCCAGUCGGUCCAGCCCACCGCUCCGCCGCCCUCCUCCGCGAUGAACCAGAUGAUGCCCCAACCAAACCUGGGCUCCGAGCCGCGCCCCAACACCGGUCGCCAUCCGGGCUUACCUGCGCCGCCCCGGCCCGCCAACCUCCCUCUGAACCCUCACUUCGCACACCAAACGGCCGCCCCCUCUAUCUCUGACCCUUCCUCGCUCUCACCCGCCCCCCUUCAUCCAUCCUUCGAGAGAGAAGCAACACCGCAAAGGACUGAUGCGGAUGGGCGAAGUGAUCAGAUCUAG